AUUGAGGACCUCGACGGAUAGGUUUGAUUGUAAUUCUCAGUUGAAUUUUUGGGGGAGAAACUUUUGAGACGCUAUGCUAGUUGUCUAGGUAAACUUGUGUCGACAUAGGUUAUAUUUUGAUGGGGUAUUUGGAAGACUAUAUUCAAAACGUGUAUGGUUUUCGAAAUGAGAAGAAGAAACAGUCGAAGAAGCGUCAGAGGAAAGUGAGCCUGGGUAACUUUUCUUUGGUUGACGACGAUAGCGUUCUGGCUUCUCCAAAGUUCAACAGAGAAAAAAAGAAAGAUAGUGGAGGUAAGAAGGAAGAGAAAAAGCUGCUGGCUUCGGAAGGCUGGACCAGCGUCUCUCUUGAUGUUCUUGAAACUGCAAGGACUUCCAGUUUUGAGCAAGGAAAGAGUUAUGUUCCGUGUAGUGACACUGACUUUAGUAAAGUCAUCGAUCGUGAUGGUGACCUUGAUAUAUCUGAACAACAAAAUUUAACUGUGGAUGAAGACGGUGACCUUGACUUUUCUACGUACAACAGUCCACCUGAUACCGUUGCAACUCCGAGCGACACUGUCAAUUUAGAGUCAAAAGUUGCAAAAAUUGAUUCUGGCAUAAAAUUAAAAGUUGGAUUGCAGAGUGCGGAUGAUAUAAAGGAGCAAAACAGGAAAGUCAGAGGAAAUGAAGGAGCUGAAGCAACUGAGCAGGAAGCGUUGGAUAAAAAUUCAAGCACUGUUUACCGUGACCGAAGAGGGAAGAAACUAGAUACUUACGAAGAGUAUAUUGAUUCUCGUAAACGUAAGAGCCACUUUAGAAACGAACCGGAAUAUACUUGGGGAGCGGGAAUAGUACAGAAACACUUAGCAGAUGAAGAGAUAGAGCGUCUUGCAAACGAGAGUACCAGAGACUUUGCGGUUUAUAAGACAAACGAGGAACUAAAUGAAAGACAGCGACAGCAGUUGCGUUGGGGAGAUCCUUUGUUGUCGCAGAGGUAUCAGAAGGAGAAAGAUACGCAAGUUUCAAACAAUGCAUCGAGUCACGAAGGCAGAGAAUACAAACACUAUUCGAGUGUCGCCAGCAACGAACGAUAUCAAGGGCCUCCCGCCCCUCCUAAUCGGUUUAAUAUAGAACCAGGUCCUCGUUGGGAUGGUAUCGACCGAAGCAACGGGUUUGAAAAGAAGGUCUUCGAUAGAGUUGCAAAGAAAAAGGCUAUGGAAGAUUUUGCUUACAAAAUAAGUGUCGAGGAUAUGUGAAAGCACUAGUAGUUAUGUAGAAUUUUUCGGAUAGAGGCUUGAGCACAAUAGUUGUGUGACUGGAGACUUUACCAUCUCUUACACGCAUUUUGCAUUAUUCGACGUUAUCUCUUCUAGCUACUUUAGGUUCGACAAUUCCUUAUUAGUCUAAGAUAAAUACUUUCACAAUAGAGAAUGCAUGAGCGAUAUUAUGGGACAGUAGAUUUGGCCAGUGGCAUGUGGAAGAAAUCAUAGUUGUUGCCUUUAGAGUUUUGGACAUUGAUAGUCUAAUAAUGAGAAGUUUCUGUUCUUAGUUUUUAAAAAGACUGCUUUAUAAGUCUCCCAUCUUCGUGA